GGCUCGCGCAGACGCGGGGCGGCGGCGGCGCGGCGAAGAUGGCGGCCUCCAGCUGGCUCUGCGCGGCCGUCCUCCUGCUCUGUGCCUCCGACCUGCUGCUGGUGCUGCCGCCCGGGGCCCGCGCGGCCGAGGACCCGGCUGGGAAGCCCGGCGAGGCGGCCCCGCCGCCCCCGAAGAAGAAGAAGAAGGACAUUCGCGAUUACAAUGAUGCGGACAUGGCGCGUCUCCUGGAACAGUGGGAGAAAGACGAUGACAUAGAGGAAGGAGACCUGCCGGAGCACAAACGGCCCGCGGCCCCCGUGGACUUCUCGAAGCUGGACCCGGGCAAGCCGGAGAGCAUUCUGAAGAUGACGAAGAAGGGCAAGACCCUCAUGAUGUUCGUCACGGUGUCCGGGAGCCCCUCGGAGAAGGAGACGGAGGAGAUCACCAGCCUGUGGCAGGGCAGCCUCUUCAACGCCAACUACGACGUCCAGAGGUUCAUCGUGGGCUCGGACCGCGCCAUCUUCAUGCUGCGGGACGGGAGCUACGCCUGGGAGAUCAAGGACUUCUUGGUGAGCCAGGACCGGUGCGCGGAGGUCACCCUGGAGGGCCAGGUGUACCCUGGCCGCGGCGGAGGCGGCCAGGAGAAAAACCAGACCAAGCCGCCCAAGGGCAAGAAGAAGGAGGGGGGCCCGAAGCCUCGCGCCUCGAAGGAGGACAACCGGGCGGGGAAGGCGCGCGAGGACCUGUGACGGGCAGGCGGGCACACGCGGGCGGGCGGCCGGCCAGGGCCCGGCGGGCGGGUGUGGGGACCCACACCGCGUGGCCUUCUGGCUGCUUCUGGAGUCUGCCCCGCGCCCGGGGGUGGGCAGAUCAGUCACUGUGGAACAGGCUGCGGGUGCGAAGGCAGCUUUCGCAUUCUCGUCGGACACGGCCAAGUUCAGGGUUCCUGUGCAGACGCGCCCGCCGGAAGCCUGCCUGUGGCGUGUUCCCACUCACGUUGGGGGCAGUCCCUGAGCGCCGUCAGCACCCCCAGUGCGCCCGCUCCGGUCGCGUGUCUGCUUUUGGGUUUGUGCGUUGGUGUUGAGAGAGGAUGGAAGGACGCCAGGUUCUCGUCAGACACGUGAAGACCUGAUGUCACUGAAUCGGGCUCUUCCUUCGCGCCCCAAAAGCGUCGCUUCGUUACUGUGAAAUGGACACGCACCUCGGACCACCAGGUCAUGUGCACCCGCCCCUCUCGGAGCCGCCGAGACAGGAAAUCCCGUCCCCCGAGGUCCCGCGCAUCUCCUGGGAUCUCCUGGACGCCCCUCCUCCUGGAUGAGAGGACUCGGGGUGUCUGCCCGCUGCUGGGCGGGCGGUGGGGUCAGGACCCCGUCCUGUGUCCCUAUUCAGGAAGCAGCCGCGCUGGCGUGUUUGCCAGGCCACGUGACAGUGUUAAAAGGUGUCAGGAAGCGGCGCCGUGUGGAGUGUGGCAGGGCCCGGCACGCUCCUUCAUAUGUACAUGUGUCUGCUGAAGUGCCUACAUGUGUGUGUGUCUGUGUGGUCCUCAUGGGCCCUCCCUGCUGGUGUCUGGUUUCCCCGUCGCCGUGGAGCCGCCUCUGGGGGGAGGGGCGGGAUAGACACAGGUGCCAUUUUUCAGAACCGUUGUUUGUAAAAGCCUUCCCUUGUGGUUUUAACAGAAGAAUACAUGUUCGUGGUGAGCA